GUCAUCCUCACUUAUGGGCACCGUAUGUUCGUGGGUUUUAUUAUUUAUAAUUUCUCGUAAAAUCAUGUUAUAACAAAUACAAAUAAACCAUGUCACUUAGAGAGAAUCUCAGAGAGCUGGGCUGGUUCUUGAGCCAGGAAGGCUUCGAAACAGUUAGUGAAAACGGUUCAAUACAGGAUGUAAAUACCCUUAGUAAAAAAGCUUUAGAUUUUGACUUGAGAGACAUCGGGGAGGCUGCUUUUCCCGAAGACUUCACAAAAGACCCCUCUAAGCUAGAGCAACCUAUAGUUGUGCAGAUCCAGAAGAUAAGAAAUGUGUCUGCCCCGAAAGCCAACGAGGAGUCUGGUUCUGCUCCCCGGAUGUUGAAGCUGACUCUUCACGAUGGGAAGUCAGUGUGCACAGGGUUGGAAGUUAGUCCAAUUUCGAGUCUCAGUAUAAACACCCCACCUGGUACUAAAGUGUUGUUGAAAAAUGAAGAGUUGCAAGUGUGCCAUGGUGUGAUUUGGUUGACACCCAGUGUUAUAACAGUGCUUGGUGGUAAAGUGUCGCAUAUGAUAGAGAAAUGGGAGCUGAACAGGAGUCUUGCCAAGCACACCAGAGAAGCGACCACCUAUCUGACCUCCCAACGCGAAGUGAAAUCCGGCCCAAUUACAGGUGGUCCGUGCGGCGCUGACGGUGGCCCGCCGCCAUGGAUUCCGUUCGGACAUAAGCUGGAGGCGCAGACUGUAGACAAGCAGUUCAAGAGUCUGCAGACGGAAGCUGACAAGCAGAACAACGCCGAGUUCGAGGCGCAGAGGAAAGGCGCCAUCGCCGAGGCACAGAGGCUGUCAGGUGUUAAGAAGGUAUUCGGUGGAGGUACUAAGCCUCUACUCGAUGCUAAUGUACAGAAGAUCGUAGAUUUAGGUUUCAGUGAAGAACAAGCGGACAAUUCUCUCAGGUAUACGAAGAACAAUGUGGAGAGAGCUCUCAAAAUGUUACAGAAACGGGACGACUCCGAGAAUAGGAGUAAGGAGGCUACGAAGAAAGAGGAGCCGCCGAAGCGUAAAGGCAGAGGGAAAGAUAACGCGGACGAAGACAGUAUGCCUGUGAAACCUACUGGCAAGCUGUCCCUGUUCGAUUUCCUGGAGGACAAGUUACCUAGCGUCAGUGCGCCGGAGCGGGAAAGAGACAGGGAUAGAGAUAGGGAUAGAGACAGGAACGGGCGGCAUUGUAACUCCAACUCGGACGACAGGGACAGGGGAUACCCCAGCCGAGAGCGGAACGGGGCUAGGCACAACUCGCGCGCGCACGGUUCGCGGUACGACGGCCGGGACAAUAGAGACCGGCAUGAUAACCGGGACAGACACGACAACCGGGACCGACGGAAUGACCGGCCCUACAACGACCGCCCCUACAGCGACAACUACCACUCGUCACACCGAGACGACAGGGACAGAGAUAGGGACAGGAAAUACCAGACCCAGAACGAGAAACCGCCGAGGUUCCAGAAGAAGUUGGAAGAGAAGAAUAAGCAACAACAACAGCAGCAGCAGCAAGCGCAGGCGCAAGCUCAGGCGAAUAAUGUAAAUAUGCCGUACGGAAACUCAUAUCACAACCACUCGCCGAACUAUGGCGAGCGUCCGAUGCGGGGGGAGAGGUUGACGGACAAGCCCCCGCCGAACUACCGCGGGAACGGGAUGGACGGCUUGGUGGACGCGGCGGCUGGGCUGAGCUUGCUGCCUGGCCACAGCCCUCGUGAAGACAUACCCCGCGGGUACCCGCCCCCAGAUCAGUACAAGGCGUAUGUGAACCCCAGUAUGCCUGACAUCCCGCCCUUCAGGCGACAGCCGGACGUCCAGAAGUAUCCAGAACAGUACCGGCGACAACAGCCCGCUCAGCCCAACGGCUACAUGGAGAGCCAGCAAGGUCCAAGCAUGUACAGCGGUCCGGGCGGGCCGGGGUACAUGGGCGCGGGCUACCGACAGCAGUACGGGUUCGGACGCGUGGGUGGCGUAGGAGGCAUGGGCGGCGUGGGCGGCGUGGGAGGCGUGGGCGGCAUGGGCGGCGUGGGCGUGGUCCGCGGCGGCGGGUUCCUGGCCGGGGGGCUGCUGGGCUUCCAGAACGCGGCCGUGAACGAGCAGGCGCGCGCCAUGCUGGGCGUGCGCGACGUCAGCUGGAACGUUGGCGACCGCUGCCUCGCGCUCUACUGGGAGGAUAACAACUUCUACGAAGCGGAGAUAACAGGCAUUUCUGCCAAUACUGUAGUAGUAAAAUUCUGUGCAUAUGGAAACCACGAAGAAGUUCUGAAGACUAACUGUUUGCCCUUCCCUAAUCAAGCGGGCGCCGGCGCGGCCGCGUACGGGGCGCCGCGGCGCGCCUAGUGCUGCGCCGCGGCGCCGCGCGUCGCCGCCUGCUGACCGCGCCUGCAGCUCCACGCGCGCUAAGCCCGGCCUGGCCCGGCCACACGGCCUCAUACUUCCCACUUCACAUUUAUUUCCCGAUCCCUUUUACUCAUCGACCAAUCCCGAUUCCCUCUCCUGAACUGUCGAUUCAUUGACCCGAUCUGUAAAGUUGUCAGGCGUGACGAUAAUAGUUGCAUUGAACGACAGUCUAUUUGUUGACCUGUCAGUCGGCCCAUUGUACUGUAAAUCAAUUAGUUGGUCUGACAGCCGAUCCGUUGACCUGGCAGUCGAUACGUUGACUUAUCAGUCGAUACGUAGACUUGUCAGUCGACCCCUUCACCUGUCAGUCGACCCAUUGAACUGUCAGUCGAUCACUUGACCUAUCAGUCGACCCGUUGACCUGUCAGUCGACUUGUUGACCUGUCAGUCAGCUAUUCACACCUCGACCCACUUUCACCCCCUCUUUCGUCAUUUGAUCCUCGACCCCGAAGACAUCGCGUCUCUUGCAGCGCAGGAUAGCAACGCUUUUAAAUUAAUUACCAUAAUGCUACUUUCUAACUGGAUAAGACUAACACCACCCAGAAGAUCGGUCGGCCGAAGAUCAACGUAAUGUAAGAUAAACGAAUAAUUUAAAAUGUCCUCGAGUUUGACCACCGAUCUUCGUUAUCGUACUAACACUAACAAUAUGCCGCAUUCGAUGCGUUAUAAUAGUCAGCAUCCUACUCGAAGGACCCAAAAGUUUUGCAAGAUAUCAUUUAUUUGUGUACUUAAAAAUAAAGAUAUCAAUGAGGAUAAAAACUGCCUAUUUCGUUCAUCAGGUGUCGCUACUGUUCUUAAAUUUUGACAGUUCCCCGUACUAUUUGAGUAAAGAGAAAAUCAUAGUGUUAUAACUUAUUCCCUAAAGAUCGGGAAGAGAAAACUUAGAGAAACGUAUUUUCAAUCAAAACCGCCUUUUUCCAAGUGAUGGCUUUUCUUUUCGUAACUCAUCCUGCAGACGGGAUACACUCCACGUUGCUCCACGUUUUAUAGCGAACUUCAGCUGGACAGUAUGGAGAACUGUCAAAAUUAAGGAACACUCAACAGUGCUGCCGCCUACAUUUGAGCUUCUAGUUUUUAUCCUCAUUAAGACUUACGCUCACUGUCAAUGUAACUCUGGUUGUCUAUGAAAAUGACAUGAAAUAACGUAUUUAACCAAUAUUUUGUGUGAUGUGUUUCACGGCCUAAGCCUACUCCAUAGUUUAAGAAUAUAAUCAGUCAAUGUUUGGGCAUUUUUCACUGGAUAGCAUGGCACUUGUAUUGGCGAUGUUAGAUUACGAUUGUUAACGAUCUCCGUGGUCUAGUGGUUGAGCGUCUGGCUCACGAUCCGGAGGUCCAGGCUUCGAAUCCCGGUGGGGACAUACCACAAAAAUUACUUUGUGAUUCUUGGUUUGGUUAGGACAUUACAGGCUGAUUACCUGAUGCUUCGGAAGGCACGUUAAACCAUUGGUUCCGGUUACUACUUACUGAUGUAAGUAUGUAGUCGUUACAUGAGCCAUGUCAGGGGCCUUUGGAGGCUCAAUAAUACCCCUGACUCCAGGGCUGAUGAGGUUGAUAAUCCACCCCACAACCCAUACGAUAGAAGAAGAAGUGAGAUUGAAAUAGAAGAAGGCUCUCUUUAUGGCGUCUGUAGUCCGGAUUCGGAGAUCCACAAUAACUCAAUUUGAUAAUGCAACAUUGUUCUAACCUGUAAUUGGGCUGGUUUUCCCUUCGCGUUGGAAGAUCUGACAGGCAGUCGCUUCUGUAAAAAAAUCGGACCUGUCAAAUCUACAGGUUAGGAAGCGGACGGAAGAAAACGAACUAAAGAAGAAGACAUGUAACAAAUAUAAAAGUAAAGACAGCACUAGUUUAAGAACUAUUAAACUAAAAUUAAUUUUGUGUCCGCCAGAAAGCAAUAUUGCUUUCUUAGAUGAAUUGCUUCAAUGUGGCCAGUUUAACCCCCCUGUUCAUGUUUUAACUAAAUUGGGGUAGUCAGAGGUAUUGCUUGACGAACUAACUACACACGCCUCAUUGAGCUUUUCUGUUAAACCAAGGUCAAAUAUUACGUCGCGCUUCAUAUCCAAAGUAAGGAAUAUUACCGUUGUACAGUGCUACGCACCUACUAAUAUGGCCGACGGCUCCUUUAAAGAGGCUUGUUACAACCAACUUCAAGCCACCUUACAGAAGAUCAAGCUCAAAAGGGGGCGGCCCAAAGAGACUUGGCGACGCUCAGUUGACCAAAAGAUGAAAACUGAAGGCUGCAAAAGAUCGCGAGGAAUGGAAAUCUGUUAAUCGAGCCCUACAUCCCGACAGAGGAUAAAAUGAUUAGAAGAAGAAGAACGUCAUAGAUGUUGAGUCGUAUCGCCGUCUAUAAUGGCACUUAAGAUAAAUUAAUAGCUUUGGUGCAAGUCGAGUACCGGGAUUUGAGAAGCAAGUGACAUAGACCCACAGUGUUUUUUUUUAAUGUUUUCUGUGUUAGAAAUCUACCAUCGUCAGUCAAUCCGUGCCAUGCAGUUCAUAGAAAAAUGCCCUUUGAUGUUGUGUUGCUUACAUGUCUACAGGCAAGUUUCGGAUUUGUUGAAUCGAAUGAACAGAACUGAAAUACAGUUUGAACACGAAAUUGCAUAUAAACAGUCACUUAUUGGAAAUUGCACAUUUUAUAUUAAAAGUAAAUGUGAAUUGUUUAAAAAGGUAAGAAAGUAGUUAGAGUUUCGCUCUUGCAUCUAUAUUUUUUAAUUUACCUGGUUUAUCAAGAAAAUAAAACGUCAAUCAAUGGCAAUGAAGGACUUUCGAUGCUGCGUUCCUCAAAAACAAUAUAGGUGGCGCUGUACACAUUUUCCUUCGUUUAACUUUCUAAUUUCAUGCAUAACAGACAUAUAUGCAUCUUUGUUUUGGGUAUAUAUGAUGACCCGUUUACACCCAGGCACAAUUACAUCUUCAACCUAUUAUUAUUCUGAUCAAAAUAUAGAAAAACAAUGUAGGUAGCAAUAUAAUUCUAUACAUAAUGUUUUCCAAAUAUCAAGCAAGAAUAAGUUUAUAUAUGCUUCCGCCAUUACAUUGUAUUUUGGAAUAAUUAUGUAUGUACCCGAGUAAUGAGAAAAUAGGUAAUUAUCACGUUAAAGCUGUACAACCCCAUCUGUAUUGUUUUGGUGAACGUACCCUGUAAAAUCCUUCAUUUUACCAGUUUUAUCACAGAGGACACACCCCGGACACUUCAUACAACCAACCUCGUUUUACACAGACACCACACAUUGACGUUAUCGUACACGCGCAUCUGUGUGUGUGACGUCUGACACCAUACGAUUCAAGUCUAAACUGUGUUCAAGGGACACCGGGUGAGAGCCUUCAGCGCUCCCCAUUUGUCCGGCCAAGUAGUUAAUGCCAUCUGCGGCAAAUCUACAAUAAGUCACGUCAAAAAAAAAGUGUUCGAGGGGGGGUGAGGUAAACCUAGUUCAAACGCAGGUGGGGUGCGGAGAGUUGCCGUUUCUAAUGCUGAGGGUUAAUAUUUAUCAGUAAACAGAUGGCACUACUUGUAUUUCUGAUCCGUCAUUUUCAUUUAUUUUUUGGCAUAAUAUAAAAUGCAUAUGACGUGACACAAUCCCACGAAAAACAGUACUUUUUACCUUUCUAGCAAGCUGUAUUUUAACAUUUUUCUUUGCACACAAAUGGCGCAAUAAUUCCUGUAAUAAGUGAUUAUUUAUUCGGCAAAUACUGGUUAAGUCCGUUCAGAUCUGUUCACUGCAUUGGAAGGGCGCGCAAAUUACACAAGUAAUUAUAAGUAGCUUCCUUAAAGCGGGUCUAGUUGUUUUACAAUUAAUUUAGUUUAUGAACCUCGCAAUAUUUAAGAAUCGUCUAAAGGCUGAAACCCAUAAGCGAUGUAGUUGAGUUAUACUGGGUGUUACAUCCGAACGAGUACUAAAGGGGAUGAGUUAGACCAUGAUUCCGAGUUAAUCAAGUGGAUUUUUCCGUCGUAAAAUUCAUGUUGUUUUUAAUUAUUUUUAAUUCUAUACUUUUGCGAUCGUAAAUUCCACUUUAUAUUAAGUCAGAGUAUUGAGCUGAAUCAACGAUGAGGUCAUGGUCUGAAUCAUCCCUCAAAGUUUUCGGUAUGAGUACAGAGAAUAUUGCUUAAAAGGCUGAGGGGUAUCACACGGUACUAAAGUUAAGACAACAGGCCUGAGGGUGUCUCAUUGGGCACUAAACAACAGUAUUCAAUUGUAUGUCCAUCAACCCUUAGAGCAUUCCAUUUGAAGUGCAUUUCUUCGAGGCAAUGACGUCAUAAAUCGUCUGAAACAGACGUAUAAGGCCAAUGUCAUGUAACCCUUAACACUGAGUUAUUCGUGUAAGAAAAUCGUUCAUGGGUUUUAGUCUGAAGGUAUUAGUCUAGGGUUUGAUUUUCUAUGCAGCUUUCCUUCUAGGACUUUGCAACUGUGUCUAUUGAUACUGCUAUCUUCUCUCAACUGAUGAGUUGGUAUGGAGAAUACGCUUGUGAAAUACGGUAUCCGUGGCAGUUGUGUUCAUAUAGAAACUGCACGGUAACCCCAUGUACUUCGAAUACCGUAUUUUUCAAUGAGGACAGGGUGGUCUAAAAGGGCCACAUUGACACAAACAAUUUUAAAUAGCAAUAUUGCUUUUAGACAUCUGUUGACAUUGCGCACUUGCUUUUAUAUGCGCAAAUGUCAAAUUGCUUUUCUGAGCGAAUUGUUUAUGUGGCCUUUUUUAGAGCCCCAGUUUGUAAGUCCUUAGAUUUCAAAGAUUCCAAACCUCUACUUCAUCACACUGUUAAAAUAUAUUUUACUCUACUACUGUAUCAAUUUCAUACUCUUUCUUGACUAUGAAACUGAUAGGUCUCGUAUAUUGGGACGAGCUAUUUGGAACUCUGUAUGUAUUGUAUACACGAUUACCUCUUAUAUCUCGCGUUAUUGUUUCUCCGCUGUAAGCGACUUCAGAGUAUUUAUUGUCAAUUAUUUAUUUAAGUUCGCCUCGGGAAGCUAGGCGCGGCGUGGAGAUAGUAACAGGUAGUUAAAUCGCGUCUAAAUGUCUAAUGUUACGUGUAAUAAUAGGUCUAAUGUUAAACCGUGUAACUCAUGAAUUAGCGUUAAUUUAUUGUCAGUAUGUAUGUAACCAACCAUCGUAGCGUGUAGCUCGUGUAAGUGUAUUUUGUUGUAUUUUAGCUCAAAACAUGUAAUAUAUGAUUUAUUUUCAGUUUGAUAAAGAGAUAUUGUUUGAAAAUAUUUGUUUUCACUUUAACCUGUGUAUAUUAUCGAUUAAAUGCGCGGAAUCACUAAGUUAUAUUUGUGUUUGCCUCACAAAAUUAUACUAUGUUUGGUUGUUUGUAUUGUAAUGGAUUGGUUCGCAAUCAUUGCUCGUACAUGUUACAGCAUAAUAAUUAUAAGAAGGGUAAUGGUUGCGAAUUGUCAAUUGGAAAUUAUAAUAAAAAUUUAAUAUUAACGCUAUGUUACGCAGCUAAUAAGGGCUCAACUGCCAUUUUGUUGUAUUUUACUCAUAACAUUGUUGGCCACAAGUUCUGUACAAUGACGUUCGAUACGUUUAUACAGGUUCUGUUGAGGUAUUGUUUAUUAACAAAAAGCUAAUAAAAUUAUUGAAGAAAUGUA